AGUGAGCGAUCGCCGACGACUCGCGAAGCCCGCGCCCGCGCAUACGUCACAACCCUCACUAAUUUUUAUACCAUGAGUAUUGUGUAAUUGCAAAUCUUUUGUUGAAUCAAAGUAGCUACAAUAUGAGCAACGCAAAAGUAAUAUAGGCUAUCGAAAUAUAUUGCUGAACAAAUGUAAAAAUGUUGAAAUGCGGUAGGUACGAAGUUCGCCGUUUAAAGUUGUCUGUCUUACCUAAAAUUAUUUCUAUUGAAAUGUCAUGUAUUUAUAUAUUUUAGUUAAAUAAAAGUGGUGUUUUCUAAAAGGAAAACUUGUGUUACUAUAUACAGUGUUGUGGAGUGAGUUAUUAAACUAUGGCGGCGGGCGACGUGACGCGGCGUGCCUCUAUUACCGCGCCCUCCAUGCACAGGCGACCCUCGGCGCGGCGGGGUUCCCUCAUUAAGAAUCCACAGUCUCAGUCUCAGGAGGUGCCAUGGGACAUAAUUGAUCGGUGCGCGCUGCCAAUAGUGUUGUGUCACGCACUAGCCGUGGUACUGUCCACGCUGCUCAAUGCGCUGCACCUCAGCCACGUUUCCGUCUUCACACUAUUCCUCUGGUUCUCCAUUUCCGUUGUUGGUUCUCUUUGGUUUUAUCACAAUCUCCAGGUGACAGCGGCGGGGAAAGCAGUGUUGGUGACAGGAUGCGACAAUGUACUUGGCAAUGCCCUCGCACGGCGACUAGACGACAUGGGUUAUCACGUGUUUGCUGGAUUCCAAACCAAAGCUGGCAACAUUGACGCUGACAUGCUAAAAGAAGAUUGCUCCGGAAGACUUCACACCUUACAACUCGAUGUCACUUCUGAAACACAAAUUUUGUCGGCGUCUCUAUACAUCGUCGACCAUCUCCCAGAGGGCGCGCAAGGGCUCUGGGCCAUUGUCAACUGCGAGUCGUGGUGUGCACUCGGCGAACUAGAAUGGGUUCCUUUUUCAGUCUUCAAACGAGCCAUGGAUGUCAACCUUUUAGGCCCAGCCCGCCUAGUGCAGGUGAUGUUACCGCUAGUGAGACGCGCUCGAGGGCGUAUCGUGCUGACGUCAUCAAUUCUGACGCAUGUGGCAGCGCCAGUACGCGGCGUACACGCAGCCUCGCUCGCCGCCCUCGACGCGAUGGCAGCAUGUUUGCGUCGUGAGCUAAAACCCAGGGGGGUCGAUGUCGUGAUAGUAGCAGCUGGUGAAUACACAACAGGCAGUGCUUGGCUUUCUGAGGAGAAACUCCUGGAACAAGCUCGUGACAUGUGGAAGAGAUUAAGUGAUGAACAAAAAGGCGCCUAUGGUGAAGACUACUUUGAACAAGCACUCCGCAGUCUCGAGAAAUACACAAAAAGCGCUGAUGCAGACUUAACAGCGGUAACUCGAUCUUUGAGUGACGGCGUGACGCGCACUUUCCCGCUGUCACGCUACACACCUGUGUCUCCCAGAGAAAAGCUCAAGUCGCUUCUAGCCGAGCACUUGCCCCGCUCGCUCUACGAGGGCCUUUAUACCGAUUAAAUAAAGACAGUCGUAUCUUGUACCUACCGUCUUAUACUCUAUAACUUUAGUAAUAAUCAUAAAGGUACUGAUAUGUUUCUUUAUAAAAUUUAACCUCUACACUACAUAUGAACAGGUUUCUUUAGACUUUUUAAAUAUUUCACCUUCCACUCUCAACUAUGUCAUUCCUUACUAUCAUAUUGUAGACGGUAGGAACAACCCCUAUAACCUUAUGAAGAAAUUCGAAUCAUUAUUAUUAAGCUUGUUCUUUUACUCUCACAGCUUGAAUUCGUCUCUAUCAACAAGGUCGGGCAACAUUCAAAAAUUUAACUUCGCUAUAUUUAUAACAUAUCAUCUGAGAUCUACAGCAAAUUUAAAAGACGAAUUCAACACUGUGGAGCGUUGUAGAGUGAAUUCAAUUGCGUCAUCAAUGCCGAAAUACAUCGCAAGGUAAUAUUGAAUGUCGACAAGUCGUAUCUGUUUAAGUUUCAUCACUAAUUUUAGAUUGGAAAUGUAAAAUGUUAUAUGUUGAAUUCGUAUGACAAUCAAAUUGUAUUGUUAAGAAUGCAAUAAAUAAUAUAAUUUGUUCCCGAAUAAGACAAUGUCAUUUAAUGUUUAGUUUUAGUAAAUUAUUUAACUAUAUAAAACGUGUGGUAGAAUUUCCGUCAAGUCUGAUAUUGUAUUUAUUAUCAAAACUAUGCUGAAAGUGUGACUUAAUCGAUAUACCAUACUAAAGUGUCCAUUUGGCAAAUGAGCCUCGGGCGGCCCGCAUAAGUUACAUAAGCUUUUCAGUCUGUGCAAGUUUGAAAUGAUCAUUUAAGCACACCAGCUUUCCACUUGAACACGUUCCCGGUGCUUUGUUAGUGAAAAUUUUAUGCUACAAACGCAAUAUCAACGGUUAAAUAUAUUUUUUACCAAGGACAGACCGUCUUCAAAGAUGUAAGGAGAUUAGAUCAAUAAAACCGCUAUACCAGAAACAUAAAAUAUAAACAGUGCCCGCAAAUAGGAAGCUUUUGUGUUUCCAAUUAAUAUUCAUAGCAUUCGAAUUAAAAAUUCGUGAUAGUAAUUCAUAAUUUAAACUGUCUGUUUUCUUUUAAUCAACCGCUAAUGUCUUGCUAUUAUACUGUCACUACUCCUGAAAGAUUAGUAUAUUGUUGUAACUUCCAGACUGAAUAUAAAUAACGUACUAUAUAUAUAUACAGCUGACGUGUUCGUUUGUGUAGCUAUAAUACUGAUUUUAUUGGCACUCGACCAAAUUCACCAACACAAAAUGCCACUGAUCCAUUUUCGCAUUUAAAUACAUGUUUAUAAAAAAAUAUAUUAUUUACGUAUUUAUUAUUUGAUAACAUGAUGUAAUUGAACACAGUUAUUCCUUCUUUCUUGCAUGUAUUAAAGUAAUACUUUUGUAAUAUCUUCGUAACUAUGUAAGUUGCAUUGAAUUUUUUAAUUAGUUAGUAUUUAUAUUAUUAUAUAAUGGGGCACCAUUUUUUGACCAUUUCUAAUACUCCAGUCUAACAUGGUUACCUGGAAGAAAUAUUUAUUAGCUAUAAGAUCGCCCGUUUUACUAUUAUUUAUUGAAUAAUAAUUCUCGUGCUAAUGAUUGUGUAUAACGAAGAACAUAGUAAAUCAUUAAUUUAUGAUGAAAUUGUAUCAAAAUGGAAGCACCACUGUCUAUACCUGUGUAGGUUAUACUUGCUUAAUAUUAUGUAACAGUAUGUUACGACUUACUUGUACGAAUUAUGUAUGAAUACAUAAAUUGUUGAACAUGUCAGUGUGUUUAAUAUAUAAUAAAUAUAAUUAGCU